AUGACCGAACGGUACGUGUACUGCAAUGGACGAGCGAACGAAGCUGCUUCGUCGUUGGGAGGCAACAAACAGCAAGCGGCAGAGAACACGAUGAAGCCCCAAACCGUUACCAAUCGGCACAUGAACUGGCUGAUACACGGUUUGUAUACGAGGAAGCACUUUGAGCAGUGUAAAAAGUUGAUCGACCGUCAGCUGACCAUCUGCUACGACAAGCAGUACCUGCAUUACAUGAAGGGGCUUAUUUUGCGCGAGGAAAACAACCCAACCGAAGCCGUACACUGCUUCCAGCAGGCGAUCGCACUGAGCAAAACUGAGCCGGAAAACUAUAAGGAACUUGCCAAAACGCUAUAUGCGAUGGGAAAGUUCCGGAACGCGCUGGAAGUGUUUCUGAAGGCGGAAACACUGCUCGAACGACCCGAUCACGAGAUAUAUCAUCACAUCGGUGAGCUGUAUUACAAAAACUUCGGCCAACCGAAGGCCGGCGUCGGGGAGGCGAAGGAGUACCUCAAGCAAGCCAUCACAUGCGGCAAGCACGUGGAAAGUUACAAGAUCUUGGCCGAAAUUUACAUCGAGGAGGGAGACAGCAUCAAAGCGAUCGAAAUGAUAGAGAACUGUCUGCAAAUCACGCAGGAAGACGUAUCGCUAAUGACGCAGAUUGGCAUACUGUACCUGAAGAUUAACGAGUAUCAGCGGGCGUUCGAAAAAUUGCUCGACGCAACGGCGGCGGACUCGAAACACACCAGCGCACUGUUGGCGCUGGGGUCUAUACUGCAAUCCAAAAACGAUAUCGACGGUGCGCUUAACAAAUACAAACGGAUACCGAACCUGCCGGCGGAAAGCUCCGAAGUCUGGAGCAACAUUGGGUUGUGCUUUUUCAAGAAACAAAAGUUCAUUGCGGCCAUUUCCUGUCUGAAGAAAGCGGUUUGGGUUUCGCCAUUGAACUUCAACGCGCUGUACAAUCUCGGGCUGGUGUUCGUAACGGCCCAGCAGUACGUGAGCGCCUUUCAAACGCUAGCCGCCGCCAUUAGUCUACGGCCCGACCAUGCCGAAUGCUACAUGCUGCUAGGAACCUGCCUGCGACAUUUAAAUGAUCCCGGCAACGCUUACCUUUCGCUGGAGAAGUCAACCAUGCUUCCGGACGCUGUCAAGAAUCCACUAAUCUAUCUUAACUUUGCGCUGUACUGCUACGAGCUGGGAAAAUCGGACCAAUCCGUACUGUAUUUGAGCAACUUUCUCGACAUGACGCAACACAUUACGGUUCACCGUGAGUACUUAAAAAUGGCCGAUAGACUCAACGGAGCCCUGGCGGUAGCGGCGAGUGGGCAGAUCUAUGCACCCGCCGUACCGGAAUCGGGACACACCGGGGGUCUUGACCGUACCGGGAAGGAUGACCGGAUGCAAGAUGAAACUGUCGUCCCCAUCGUUGAUGGGGAUGAUGCGGACGCGGUUCGUCCCGGGGUCACCAACGAAGGGGACGCAUCUGACGAUGAUUUGCCCUGA